AUGGGACUCGAGCUUUAUAGAAAAGCCAAAGUUGACAAGUAUGAUGAGGUCGUGUCUGUGUACAACAAGGCACUGCUUAGCGAGGUGGUUAUACCUAUCAUUGAUCAAACUCUAGCAAAUAAUUUUGUUAGCACAGCGGCCUUGGACACCAAGAUUACAAUGCAUUUGAUGAUAUUUAUGAGUAGGAAGAAAGGCGAAGAAGAUUUAGCUCUCGCGAAAUGGAACGAAUGGAAGACAAAAACAUAUCCUGCUCUCGUGGAAGUAGUACAGCGCAAUAACUCAUAUAAAGUGGAUGGCCUGGAUGGAAAUCUAGCUGCCACAAAAGCCAUUCAAGAACAUGUCAUCAAAAACAUCAAAACCAGUUGCUGUGGAAUUGCUUCACGUUUGGGUAUGUCGUACAUUGGGGCUUACAGUCUAGAAGAUGCAAAACCCCAAGACAUGGGCAUCUUGACACGACCGAAUACCCGGCCCCAAACCACUCCCAUUACUGUCACAGUAGGCACAAGUAGCACUGUGACAAGUACUGUCACAGAUAGUCAAAGUUGGGGUGUGAACGCUGGAGUCGAAGUCGGUUACAAAUGGGGAGUCAAAGACAGCUGGGAAGCCAACUUGAAGGCAACAUUCAAUGGAAACUUUUCCACGAUAAAGUCUCGUUCUGAGUCCACCACUUACACCUCCACGACGUCUGCACAGCUUACACUCCCUGCUAAUCGCGUAAACUGUGUCAAUCAGAUGGUUUUUGAUCAAAGAACUUCGUUACCAUAUACUGCCAAAGUCAAGGUUGUCCCGAGAUUGAGAUUUCAAAACGGGUUUGCUAUAUGGGGUGGCGGGGGAAGCUACGCCUCAAACCCCAACACAGCUGCACGGAAGCCUGCCUUCAAACAAUCAGACAGAGUUUAUUGUUCGGAUUACCAGAGCACUUUUGAAUUUAGACGAACUGAUGAGAUCCGGGAUGAUGCUCUAGCUAACGCGGAUCCUUGGGAGUGGACACUAGCGAUGCAACGCACUGCACUCGGAUACUACCUUGAUGAGCUUACCGAAGCAUCAAAGUAUGAAGUCUACGUCAAAGGCAAAUGGGAAGGCAUUACUGGCAAGUAUGCAGUCACGACUGUAACGCCUAAGAAUACUCUGACCACAUUACUCCCUCCUUCUUAA